AAGUUAAUGACAGUCAGAGUUUUCAUUCAAAUGAGUUGGCUGCAGAGAAAUCUUUCCUGGAAUCCAUCAGAAUAUCUGGCCAUCGAUCGGAUUAAGCUGGAGACGAACUCAAUUUGGUUACCAAACAUUAUCAUCCUUUCCGGCGAGAAAGGUGGCCAGAAAAUAGAAUUCCCCGAUAUCGCUCAACUUCACUCCGACGGGAACAUCACCCUCAGCACAACUACGUACGUCACGUUUCGUUGUGACAUCGACUUCGAUAAAUAUCCCUUCGAUUCCCAAGAAUGUCAUUUUGGAUUCUACUUUGACGACGUCAAUCCUCCUCACAUCGACGUGGUUCCGUGGAACGCCAGUGCAGAGUUUAAGAGCGAUUCCUACGCUGUGACCGGCGAGUGGUACAUUCUGGAUUUCAGCACGGAGCUCUUCACAGACUUCAACAAUGAGUCAUGGCCUCGCUAUCACUUCAAGGUCAAACGGCGCUCGACUUAUUACGUCAUCACUGUCGUCUUCCCCUUGAUCUUGACGUCUGCAAUGAUACCUCUCGUGUUCUUGAUGCCGCCAGAAAAUGGGGAAAAGGUCUCGUACCUGGUGGCGGUCUUCACUUCAACUGCCAUUUUCCUGAACUUCAUUAGGUAA